AUGCCUGCUUUCAAUGUUGUCGUCUUUGGUGGUGAUCACUGUGGUCCCGAGGUGACCGCCGAGGCUAUUAAGGUUCUCCAAGUGAUUCAAAAGCACCGUGAUGUGUCAUUCAACCUGCAAGAUCACCUUCUUGGUGGAGCCUCAAUCGAUGCCACCGGCUCCCCUCUCACCGACGAAGCUCUGGAAGCUGCCAAGAAUGCCGACGCCGUCUUGCUCGGUGCUAUCGGUGGGCCGAAAUGGGGCACCGGCGCGGUGCGUCCCGAACAGGGUAUUCUGCGUCUGCGCAAAGAGAUGGGCACCUUUGGUAACCUGCGGCCAUGCAAUUUCGCCGCCCCCUCGCUGGUCGACAGCUCUCCACUCAAGGCCGAGGUCUGCCGUGGGGUCGAUUUCAACAUCAUCCGUGAGCUGACGGGUGGUAUCUACUUUGGCGACCGCAAGGAGGACGAUGGGUCCGGCUACGCCAUGGACACCGAGCCCUACUCACGCGCGGAGAUUGAGCGGAUCAUUCGUCUGGCCGCCCACUUGGCGCUGCAGCACAACCCUCCUCUGCCCGUCUGGAGUCUGGACAAGGCCAACGUGCUGGCCACCAGCCGUCUCUGGCGUAAGGUCGUCACCGAGGUCAUGGCCAAGGAGUUCCCCCAGGUCCAGAUUGGUCACCACCUGAUCGACUCGGCGGCAAUGCUCAUGGUCAAGGACCCCCGGAAGCUGAACGGCAUUGUCGUGACGAGUAACCUCUUUGGUGACAUUAUCAGUGACGAGGCCAGUGUGAUUCCCGGAUCGCUCGGUCUGCUGCCCAGCGCCAGUUUGAGCGGCAUCCCCGAUGGCAAGAACCGUGUCAACGGUAUCUACGAGCCUAUUCACGGGUCCGCCCCCGACAUCUCCGGCAAGGGUAUUGUCAACCCCGUGGCAGCCAUCCUCUCCGUCGCAAUGAUGAUGCAAUACUCCUUCGGCAUGUUCGACGAGGCCCGCAUCAUCGAGAAGGCGGUCGAGAACGUUAUUGAGGCCGGUGUCCGCACUGGCGACAUUGGUGGCAAGGCAACAACGACCGAGGUGGGUGAUGCCGUCGUUGCGGAGCUCGAGAAGCUGCUCCAGUAG